GACGCCGCCCCAUUUUCUCAUCUCAUCGCUCGGUGCAGGCGCGUCUCCUUCCCCCAACCCAAACCCCAAAACCCUAGCUGCCGGCACCCGAGCGCCCUCCCGCCUUCCGUGCCGGCGCCCUCUCACCAGAAACAGGAGAAAAGGAAGGGGGCAGAGGAGAGGAUGGCGUCGUCGGAGGAGGAGACGAGCCGGCUGUUCCGCAUCCGGCGCACGGUGAUGCAGAUGCUGCGCGACCGCGGGUACCUGGUGGUGGAGGCCGACAUCACCCUCAGCAAGCGCGAGUUCAUGGACCGCUACGGCGAACCCGUCCGUCGCGACGACCUCGUCUUCAACCGCUGCAAGAAGUCCGACUCCGACGACCAGAUCUACGUGUUCUUCCCCAACGAGGCCAAGCCCGGGGUGAAGACGAUAAGGAGCUACGUCGAGAAGAUGAAGCAGGAGAACGUCUUCAAUGGCAUACUCGUUGUGCAGCAAGCGCUCAGCGCCUUUGCACGCAGCGCCGUGCAGGAGGUCUCCCAGAAGUACCACCUCGAGGUCUUCCAGGAAGCUGAGCUUCUUGUGAACAUUAAGGAGCAUGUCCUAGUGCCUGAGCACGAGCUCCUGACGCCAGAGCAGAAGAAGACGCUUCUGGAGCGGUACACCGUGAAAGAAACCCAGCUCCCACGGAUUCAGAUUACAGACCCGAUAGCUAGAUACUAUGGCAUGAAGCGUGGGCAGGUUGUGAAGAUCAUCCGAGCCAGUGAAACCGCUGGAAGAUACGUUACAUAUCGUUAUGUUGUCUGAGCUUCACUACAUUCUCAUGGAUAGAGUUUUGCUUUGCUUCCCUUCAUGCCAAUCUACUCUAACUGAGAAACAUUGUUGCCUCUGAGAAACGCAAGUACUGUUGACUUGCCUUGGUGCUCUUCCUUUAGAACUGAUUGACAUGAUGCUGUUAGCAAUAGACAUUGGUUCCCUUUCCUGUAGCUCUGUUCCAUUUCAUCUUCCUGAAUCAUCACUGCCUAUUUGAAAGGGCUUUGGUAUGCUUCAA